AGAAACCUUUCCAGUCAACCGUCAUUCCCCGAGUCCGCACCCAACCCGCCAUGGCAGAGAAGAAACCUUGGCAGAGGCAAUUCCGCACUCGCGCAUUUCCUUCCCAGCCCGUAGCUCCAUGUUUCCUCCGCCUAGUAGUAGGAGUCAGUUCAUGCCUACGUCUCGCCGCAGCUCGGCGGGCUCCACGGCCGACGCGCCGCUCACGGCCGAGCGCGCCAUGAUGGACCAGAUCCGCUCCAAGCUCGAGCGCGCGCAGCGUCGCCUGGCGCGUAACUCGCCGGGCAGCUCCGGCAGCGUCGGGUCCGCGUACAUUCCGUCGUCCGAAUACAGCAGCGCCAUGCGCGCGCCGCCUGUAAAGAGCGUCCUGAUGGAGGACAUGCCAGCCACAGCGUCCAGGGCGCCGCCCUCUACGAUGCGGCACCACGGACUACCACCACCGCCCUCUACAGCGCGUCAUCAUGGGCCUUCCAGUCGCCGUCCUCCUCCUUCGUCUAGCUCGAGACAUCAGUCACGAUAUGCGCCUCAGCAAUACAAGAGCAGGUCGAAAUACACGAAGGAAGACACAGACCCGCUCAAUGGCGGCCCUCCGCCCAUGUCCACGCCCUAUCUGGUGUACUCGAGCUCACGUCCGCCGAUGACAGGCUCGCAACAUAAGAGCGGUCGCUCGCAACGACCAGAGGACGACAAACACAGACACCGAGCGCCUAGUUCUAGUUAUAAUACGGCUGUGAACGGCCCGCCGUCUGCUAUGCGCUCGGGUAUUGCACGUCCGCCGACGUCGCGUGUUCGCUUCGAACAGCACGAAGAGGAGAAGAAAGAACGGGAGAGCGAAGAGAGGAAGCGACGUCAUCAGCAGCUGAAAGAGCGGGAGGCGCGUCAUCAGCGUCAUCGCGAGCAGGAGAUCAAGAACAUCAACGCGCGAGCCAAGGGAUCGGGCCCUUCGUCGCCCAUUGCAGCGACGCGUGGCAGACGCUCGUCGUCUCUAGAGAAGCCACCGAGCUCGGCGAUCAAACCCUCGGCUUACGACGACAUUGCACAGGCGAUCCCCACGUCUCCAGUGGGGCGUACGCGACGCAGCUCCAUCAGCAACCCACCGCCCAAAUCGGACAUUAAGGUAUCGGCCUUUGAUGAUAUGAUGCCUAGACGACGCUCAGACAAGUCCAAGCCAGAGAAACCGGAAGUAAGACCGGAAAUUGACGCUCCAGAAGCUGUGGAACCGCUGGAAAAGGAAGAAACGCCCGAGGUUGAGGCGGACACGGAUGCUGAGCAAACGGUGUCGUCCGAGUCGGAUAACCAGGAGCAGGAGACGGUCAAGUCGACCGCUGCAGUGGCUGAAGUAGUGAAAUCUCCGCCAGUAUCGGUGGUACCGGUACCGGAAGAGCCAAAGUCGGAUGAUGCAGGAGACACUUCAUACGACACGGACGAUAGCUACGAGUUUGACAGUGAUUCCGAGUUCCUGUCGUCGUCUGGAUAUUCCAUGUUUGAGGCGCAUGUACUGGAAGUGGAUGUGGAUUUGGACGCGUAUUCAGACGAGAGUGACGAGGAAACGGAGACCGAAGUGGUUAAAGUUGAUAACGAGCUCUUAGAAGAGGAUGUGCCAACCCCGCCAGCUACCGAGCUGUCGACUGUCAAGGAAGAAGACGAAGAGGAACAAGCUCCAACCUCCAGAUUGACAGCGAGAGACCUGGCGCUGCAUGCCUUAGGCCGCGCGAGCAGUUGCUCUGUGUCUGAAAUCGGAUCUCCUGUGCCCUCAGCGAACGGAAAACAGUCACCCAAGAGCAAACCAGCGCCCAUGUCGUACACUCCAGCGUCGUCUGCGUACCCUUCAUCUCGUGCUCCAAUCCCUGCCACUACAGGUCGAACCCGACGCAACCGAAUGCCGCCGCCAAUUUCUUCCACUUCAGUCGCCAGCUACGUCCGUCGCUCACGAGCUCGAGCUCCUAUGGACUUGAAGAACCACUUGCCACCGUCAAUUGGCGUUCUGUCGGGUUUAUCUAGCGGAUCCUCGACGUUUGUACUGGACCCGUCGUACUUCUACGAGGUGACGUGGAGAUCUGGCGAGUUCGCCUUCUCAGUGCAGCGAAUCUACACUGCAGAGAACGAGUUUGAGUUCGAUGAUCGAGAACCGCAGCUGUUCUUACGUAUGCUGCUCAAUACGGAGCGUAGUACCUGCAGAAGUUUCCACAAUGUGCGUGUAGGCGACGUGCUGAUUCGCGUGGGUGACGCCUAUGUCUCGGAUCUUGGACUGGAGGGAUCAGGCUCGGUGUUGACGAAAUUCUUUGCCAAGUUGAUGGCGCAGACUCCAAUUAAACUCACGUUCCAGCGAAUGAAUCCGAGUGAUUGGGAAGGUGGAGUGGAGCUCUGAGGAGAGAAGUAGAAACCUUUUUUUUAGAUGGUAAAAGCGCAAGUUUAGGGAGAAAAAUAGUACAAUGUCAAGGGAAUAGGGAGCUUAAGAACGUUCUAGUUUUCGUAGUUACUCCCAAAGUACUAUUAUAACAAAGCCCUGGCCUUAAAAUAAUGUUCAGAGAAUACUAUGCAC